UGCUUUCAUGAGCCACGACUGUAAAUAUUCAGCCAACUGCUCCUGUCAACAGGAAGACGACAGCUAACUUUUAUGUUUUUUCAAGAUGAGUCAUAGUAAAUUAGUCCCCAAGUUCUCUAUUCAAUCUCCUGUCCAUCAUAGCAACUUAAAGGUCAAGUCGACAGAACCACCUUCUAAUAAAGAAGACUUGCAAGUGAUUUCAAAAGACUCCUUGGAAUCUGAUUCAGAAAGUGUCACUCAAGGGAUGAAACCCCGGUCCAGACUGGAAGGUCGGAUUCAGAACAAGGACAUGGAAGCUGACAGCUUAGAGGAGGAGAGCCUUGUCCAGGAAAGUCUGAGUGAGACAGAAGAGGAGGCAAGCAGAAAAGCUGCGCAGAGGGCCAGCAAGGACAAUCCCCACAUCCAGGACAAGGGCGCAAAUAUCAGCGGACAACCAACAGAAGACAAAUAUUCAGACCUCCGAUAUGACCCAAACUGGAAGAAUAAAAAGGAAGAGGCCCAGCUAUUGACCAUAGAAGCAUUACCCGAGUCUAUGGAAAGUUCUACAGAAAAUUUGACUCUGGAUCCACUCUACCCUUCCAAGGAGACCUCAAUGGAUCUCUCAGGGGGGAAAGGGGAACAGAAGAACAGCCCUCAGAGUGUGACACCCUUACUUGGCAGUGAAUUUGUAAGCCCGAACUAUGAGCAGAGGGCCCCACACCGCAGUCAGCCAUUUUCAGAGCUGAGUGACAGUGAUCCGGAGAAGUCCAGCAACCUCUCUGGGUACUUGAAGAGUUCAAGUUCACACAAUGAGGUUUUCCUGCCAGGAUCACGUGGUCCUCGGCGAAGAAAGUCCAAGCACUAUUUUGUGGAAAAAAACAAGCUGACUUUGGGUUUACCCACUCCUAAAAUGGACUCUUAUCUCCAACUUCACAACAGAAAAAGGGGGGAAACUCACCUCGAACAGAUCUCCUACCUGGUCAGAGUAAGUGACAAGACGUCCUUUCAGAAUGCCAAAGAGAUGGAAAAUGCUGCCAUCGAUCCUGAAGACAAAUGGCAUCAAAGAGCCCAACAGCUAAAGAGUUACCAAGAACAGUGGUCUCAACAGGAAAGUACAAAAUCAAACAAUGGACUAAGAGGCCAAUCUUCAGAUACAUCCAAUGGCCAGCAACCUUCCAGAAGACGAGACAAGCACAAGAUGCGAAGACGGUAUGAACACUACCAAGAACUCAAGUCCUUGGUGACUGAGGUGCCAGUCAUCAGUCAAGGAAACCAGAAUAACAACCUCGGGCAACAGCAAAGCCAAAAUAAGAUCAUUGAAGCCACUGUGUUGGUGAAUGCCCCAAAUAAUGACAUGCAGUUGUCAAAUGCUCUUAGGAGCCAGGAUCCCAAAGUGACCGAUACAUCUGCUCCACCAAAGCAGACUUUUGACAAGGUGUUAUACAAAAACACUACUGGCUAUCACACAGUUAAUGUCAAUAAAGAACUAGGCCGCAAAGACCAAGAUGAGAAAAGACUUUCCUAUCAGCAGCUGUAUCUUGACACCCUUUCCAAUAAGGACUUGAAUUCCCUUCAUGAACUUUCUAAGAGACAGGUGCACCUGAGACAGAAAGAGACUCAGUCUGUCUCCAAAACAAACAUCAAUGAACCAACUCAACAGAAGAAGCAACCCAAACAGAUUCCUGCAGAGACAAGAUACAAGAACCUAGAGCUACUAUGGAAAUUCCACUCAUCCUCAGACCAACCUGCCAGAGCGUCUCCAGAUUCGCGGCUGGCGGAGAUCAUGGAGCAGCACCAGCAGGCCUUGACGCAGCUGACGGAGGUGCAGCCCAGCAACGGGGCUUCACCCGGCCUCACGUUCCCACCUAUACUUUCAAGGGUUGAAAGUGAGUCCCAACUCAGUUCAGAGAGAAGCCAAAGGAACCAAAUCAAAAUUAGUCGUAGCAAUUCAGAAGGCUAUCUGGUUCAACUGGAAAAAGGAAAAAAGCAUAGGAAAAGAAGCGGCACUAAGAGUUCCAAGCUGAAAGGUUAUCAGAAGAGAGACGUGAAGCUUGGUGGCCUUGGACCUGACCUUGAGUCCAUCAGAGACAAAAUGCAGAAAUUAGUACAGCAAAAGGAAUAUGCAAAACAGGUAAAGGAGUACAACAUGAGGACACGGUCCAUUCUGUCAAAGCCGCAAACCGCAAAAACCGAGAAUAAAUCUGUAAUCCCACGGCAAAAGGCUUUGGAAUAUGCUAAGACGAUACCCAAACCCAAACCAGCAAAUCUGACAGAUUCAACAUCCAAGGCAAAGAAAAACCCAAACUAUGCUGGAAAAGAAGAAACUUUACCAGAAAUCUCACUGCUGGAAAUACUACAGAAUAGACAUGAAAGGGAAAAGCAGGCUGUGGCUGCAUUUAAAGUGCUUCACAUUGUGUAGACAACACUUGCAGAGGGGACCAAACACCUGGCAAUGGAUGUGCAGUAAGGAAAGUCCAUCCAGCCACUCUGCUUGGAGGGGGAUCACCUAGGAUCACCAUCGAAUUGCAGCCCAUGCUCGCCUUGUGUGAGAUUUAAAAUAUGGGCCCUAUUCUACUAUGGAGUCAUCCUUAUUUUCUAGAAAGAAAUUUUAAGUGUUUAUUUUUGAAUC